GAUCUUUUCUUCUUCUCCUUUGUUUCCUCGUAUCGUUGUCUCCUUUGUGGUACCACUUUGUCGCAUCACGCCUCCGACCUGCGCAUCAUCAUGGCUCCCCCUACCGAGCCACUCAACCUCGACGUUGAGGCCAUUUCUGGCAUUUGCGGCUCCAUCUCAAUUGCUUGCUGGGUUGUGGUCUUCUCCCCCCAGAUACUCGAAAACUUCCGUCGCGGCAGUGCCGACGGUCUGUCACUGCAGUUCAUCAUUGUCUGGCUGGCUGGCGAUGUCUUCAAUAUCUUGGGCGCCGUCCUUCAGGGCGUUCUCCCGACCAUGAUCAUCCUCGCCAUCUACUACACGAUUGCCGACAUGGUUCUGCUGGGACAAUGCUUCUACUACCGCGGCUUCACCUGGAAGGACGAGGUGGUUCCCCCGACCCCGAAGCCGCGCAACCGCACCGGCGAGCCGAACGAGCGGACCGGCCUCCUGCCCGCGUCGGCGAUCGAGCGUGAGCGCCGAGGCUCCGACUGGUCCCAUCUCUCCCCUGCCGUGCCAAUGCGCCCCGAAUCCGCGCCCGCUCCCCCGCCGAGGCCCUCGACCGUCCUGCAGGCGAUUGCCUGGAACACCACCGCCAUCAUCAUGGUUUGCGCUGCCGGUGUCCUCGGCUGGUUCCUCAGCCGCGGGUACUCCGACAAGGAGCCCGACCACAGCAACAGCGACGAAGACUCCCUGGAGUUCAACACCCUCGGCCAGAUCUUUGGCUGGCUCUGCGCCGUCCUGUACCUCGGCUCCCGUUUGCCUCAGCUCCUUCUAAACUACCGCCGCAAGUCCACCGAGGGCGUCAGCAUGCUCUUCUUCCUGUUCGCCUGCCUCGGCAACUUGACCUACGUGCUGAGCAUCUUUGCCUUUGAGCCCCGCUGCAAGAAUGAGUGCUCCCCGUCCGAGGCGAACCGCAUCUACGGCCGCUACAUGCUGGUCAACCUCAGCUGGUUGGCCGGCAGCUUGGGUACUCUGUUCCUCGACAUGGGCAUCUUCGCGCAGUACUUCAUGUACCGCACCGACGGCGAGCUCAGCGACAUUGAGGAGGAAGAUGACGAGAGCAUCGACGAGGAUCGCUGGGAUCAGCGACCGCUCCUCGCGCGUGCCAACAUGCCAAAGACCAUGCUCGAGUCGACGCCGCGCUCCUUUUCACGCUCGUGGUCGGUGACCUGCUUCAUGAUACCGGGCCACGCCGAAGUAUACGCGCCAGCAAAGAGCCCGUACACGACGCAGAAGAGGUACAGCACGCCCAGGCUGGACGAGAAGCCCCAGAUGAGGAACGUGCCGAGCGCGGCGCCGACGCUGGCGAGCAUGAUGCACGACGGGGCCGAGAAGCGGUCGACGAGCGAGCCCAUGCCGAUGCAGCCGAACACGGAGGCGACGUUGACAAGGAGGAGCGUCAGCGCGGAUGGGAAGGCCGAGGCGCCGAGCGAGCUCUGGGCGUACAUGGGCAGGUAG